AUGAGUCCUGGGAAAAUGGGAGAAGGAAAUCAUUCCACAGUGACUUACUUCAUCCUUGCUGGGUUAAUGGAGAAACCAGAGCUCCAGCUUCCCCUCUUCCUCCUCUUCCUGGGAAUCUAUGUGUUCACAGUGGUGGGGAACCUGGGCAUGAUCACCCUGAUCAGGCUCAGCUCUCACCUGCACACCCCCAUGUACUAUCUCCUCAGCAGUCUGUCCUUCAUUGACCUCUGUCAUUCCACUGUUGUUACCCCUAAAAUGCUGGUGAACUUUGUGACAGAGAAGAACAUCAUAUCCUACCCUGGAUGCAUGGCUCAGUUCUACUUAUUCAGUGCAUUUGCUAUUGCAGAGUGUCACAUGCUGGCUGCAAUGGCUUAUGACCGCUAUGUUGCCAUCUGUAAUCCCUUGCUUUACAAUGUUACCAUGUCGUCUGAAGUCUGUUGCUGGAUGGUCACUGGAGUGCACAGCAUGGGCUUGGUUGGUGCCACAGCUCACACAGUCUGCAUGCUAAGGGUGCUUUUCUGUAAUGUUUAUGUAAUAAAUCAUUACUUUUGUGAUUUAUUCCCACUACUGGAGCUCUCCUGCUCCAGUACUUUUGUGAAUGAAAUGGUAGGUCUGAGCUUCAGUGCUUUUAAUGUCCUGAUUCCCACUCUGACCGUUUUUAGCUCCUAUGUCUUCAUCAUCGCCAGCAUCCUCCGCAUCCGCUCCACUGAGGGCGGGUCCAAAGCCUUCAGCACUUGCAGCUCCCACAUCUGUGCUGUUGCCAUCUUUUUUGGUUCUAUAGCAUUCAUGUACCUGCAGCCCUCAUCAGUCAGCUCCAUGGACCAAGGGAAAGUGUCCUCCGUGUUUUAUACUACUAUUGUGCCUAUGCUGAAUCCCCUGAUCUAUAGUCUGAGAAAUAAGGAUGUCAAAAUUGCCCUAAAGAAGAUCCUUGAAAAAAGAUUUAUUUUAUGA